GAAAGUGAAAGUUUAGUAGAGGUUCUGUAUUUAGGCUCGUGUGAGCAGCAGAGAGUCAGAGUGGAAUGAACUCAAGACGGUGAAGACACACGGAGCGCAGAAUCGGAACAAUGAAUGCUGUAAAUGUUGUGCAACUGCUCAUUGUGGUUUGGACCUUCUCCGCUGUCUGUCAAGGUUAUGAUGAUGAUUUCAUUGUAAACUGUGAGAAUGUGACUGGAUCUGUGGGGAAUGAAGUAACUCUCACCUGCAGCAUCUCUCUGCUGCUCACUGAAUGCUGCGUUACAAAGUAUAAGUUUCAAUACCCUGAGAGCAUUAAUGACUGCGCAGUCUGUCAUCAAGUUUUUCCUGUGAACCCCUGUGAACAGAGGAACAGCUUAACAUGCUGCUACACUCCAUCUACAGCAAUGACAGAACAAUUCAGAUUCUUUGUGCAAACAAACUGUGGAAUGAAAAGAAGAGGAUUCGCUGUGGGCAUAACAGAACCCAUGAAACGUGAAAUUGACACUGAAGCUCCUGGAAAGAAAGAAGAACCUGUCAGGGACAUAUCAGAAACAUCUGAACAGGAGAAAGCAGAAGGUCGUGGAUAUAAGAUCGCCGUCAUCGCUGCUGUUAUAAGCUGUUUUAUCAUCGUCAUAAUGCCAGUCAUUUACAGAUUGACACAAAAACACACCAAACGGAACAGGACGUUUCUGAGUGUUAGACAUGAAGACAACAACAGCAAUCAUCUAGAAAAUGUGAUAUAAUAGCAUCGACUAAGCAGUACCAAACUAAUUAACUAAUUUGUUUAACUUUCCAUACAGUGCUCAUGAAAGACACUCCAGCAAACUUAUCUACUAUCUGUUAAAAUUCAAACUAUACUGAACUGUAUAACUCUGACUGCAAAACUCUGUUUCUGUUUUAUAUUGAUUUCUGUGAAAUAAUGAUAUAUUAUAGAUCUGCUUGAUCAGUGUAUUUAGUGUUAAUUUUCUGCACACGCAAUUUCGUAAUAGUGUGAACAGUAAGGUUUUGUACAGUGUGUUGUAUUGAUUUAACAAGUAAGGAACUCAAAGACUUGUGAUAGGCUACUCUCUAAAGAAUAUCUUGAACAUGUUUUUUUUCACCACAUAAUGGAUCAGAACAGGAAACUGGGUGAAAAAUAGCUGCACAGAGCUCAUCUGUUCCUUUAGUUACUGAAUGAGAUUCCCUGGAUCUUGAUAUUCGUUUUCUGAAUCUGUACAGAGAAAAAGAAAGUAAAAUGAUCCCACACCUGUGAAAAACAAACAGUGUUCAUCAUGUACUUAGAUACUUCCAAUCCAGUGUGCAGCAGUCAUUUGAGUCCACAACAAACACAAUGGAUUAUUCGCACAAGCAGCGCACAUCACGAGCAGCAGCAAGGGUCCAUUUCACUCCAUUUGGUUUUUGUUUGUUGUUCUUAGGAAAAAAAAAAAAAUACUGAUAUCAAUGUUGGAGUCCUUCACAUUCAACACACCAAAUCACAAUUAUAUGAUGCCCAAACUACAAC